CGCAGGGUGGGGGGAGGGAGCGCACGACGUGCGCGCGCCCUCUCCCUCCUCCACCGCUGCCGCCUCCUUCUUCUGCCGCUCCUGGUGCUGCUUGUGUGCUCGUUCGGUGCGGACCUGGUACCUCUUUUGUGAAGCGGCAGCUGAGGAGACUCCGGCGCUCGCUAUGGCCGACGAAAAGCCCAAGGAAGGAGUCAAGACUGAGAACAACGAUCAUAUUAAUUUGAAGGUGGCGGGGCAGGAUGGUUCUGUGGUGCAGUUUAAGAUUAAGAGGCAUACACCACUUAGUAAACUAAUGAAAGCCUAUUGUGAACGACAGGGUUUGUCAAUGAGGCAGAUCAGAUUCCGAUUUGAUGGGCAGCCAAUCAAUGAAACAGACACACCUGCACAGUUGGAAAUGGAGGAUGAAGAUACAAUUGAUGUGUUCCAGCAGCAGACAGGAGGUAUCUACUAAAAAGGGAACCUGCUACUUUACUCCAGAACUCUGUUCCUCCAGACCAAGAAGACAUUCUCAAUUAGAAGGCCGCAAUUUGGUUCCACCACAUCCUGACUACUACAGUAUAGUUUUCUCUAUUCUUUCAUUUUCCCCUUCCCCAUUCCUUUAUUGUACAUAAAGUAACUGUGUAUGUGCACAAGCAUAUUGCAUUUUUUUUUUUUUAACUAAAUGGCCAAUGGUAUGUUUUGAUCGACAUCAAAUGGAGAUGGGAUGGGGGAAAAUACUGCUUCUGUGAAAAUACCCUCUCUCUCCAUUAGUGGCAUGCUCAGUCAGCUCUUAUCUUUAUAUUCCAGUAAGUUAUUUUGCUCUCACUGUUUAACAAAAAAAGAACAACAUAAAAAUCCUUGCAUACCUUGUUCGAUUGGAGAAUUUUAAUGUUUUUCAUUUAUCAUUGUAAAACCAAGGACAAUUUUAUAACUUUUUUGUACGUAGCUGUUACAUGUAGGGCAAUCUGUCUUUAAGUAGGGAUAAAUUACUCUAAAAGAAAUGAAUCCUAGAUAGUUUUCCCUUCAAGUCAAGCGUCUUGUUGUUUAAAUAAACUUCUUGUUUAAAAUGAGCUGUUUUCUUUAUUCUGAAGAAUAUUGAGAAGCUUAGAAAAAACCAUGAAGUGAGUAGGCUGCUAGAAGUAACAUUUCAAGGAAGAAAUAAAGCUACAGUGCAUUCCUGACAGACUGAUACAAAACAAAGAAUAACAAAGUUUAUAAAUGACUAGCAACUGAUGUUUCAGCCUCUUUGUUUAAAAAGCUUAGGUUGUUUCAGAUAUGCAACUUUACUAGCAAAAAAAAUUGGGUCAUAAUGUUGUGGAUUUGCUCCCAAGUAUUCUCCUCUGUAACCACUACCUGGCAGAAUGAGUCAGUUCUCUCAGCUAAGAGAAAGUCGAGUUUGCUAAGUCUGCUGAUAAAUCACUCAACCAUUCUAGCCUCCUUUGAUGAAUAAAUAUUCCCUAACCCAAAAUAGAGUCUUUAUUCCUUGAGGAUGUUGAAGGACAGAAAAUAUUUAUCCACAUAUAUCCACUCUUAACAGCCUUAAAUAUGCAGGGCACCAUAGUUUUUAAGUUCAAAUGUAUGGGGAAGGGUAACAGCUCUAGAACUAGUAAACAUUAUUUUAGCUGGAAAGAUUUAGAUUACCUAAUUUUAACCCGUUUUAGAGAUGAGGAAGCUGAGUUCCUGAGGGUUGUUACUUGUCACACAGCUGGAGGAUUAUGAAACUAGGACUAGAGAAUAGGUCUGAUCCCUGUUAAUUCAGUUCUUCCAUAUUGGUUCUCAAGAAACUGAAUUUCCACUCCUCUUAUUCACCAAUGUGGCCUUUUGGAAUCAAGUCCCCAUGUACUAUCAUGCCUUGUCAUUCACUUAGUUCGUUCUGUUGCAAUAUGGUCUUUUUCUUUACAUCCCCCAUUUUUAUGGUGAACGAGCUUCCCCAGACAGCAGGUUUUCUGUAGGUUUUUUAAGUUUUAUUUAAUCUCUGCACCCAAUGUGGGGCUUGAACUCAUGACCUAAGAUCAAGAGUCGCAUGCUCUUCUGACAGCCAAGGCACGCCUGUUUCAUAGUUUUUUCAGUCUGUAUAUAUGAGUUAAUAUUGAACCAACUUUUAUUCCUGUAUGUUACCAAUCUCCAUUUACAAUUUAUAUUGUGAAACUGUGGGAAGCCUGCCCCCAAAAAAUCUUAGGUAAGUGUGUAUCUCGAGUUGUUGCAGUAGGUACUGUUGAAUGGUGGAAUUUGGUGGUGCCCUAAAAAUUAGGAUUGAAAUUCAAGCCAGAGAAUUUUAUUAUGUACAGGGUCUUGAAUUGGGUUCUUGUUUAAUUAGGAAUUACUAAUGUCUGAGCUUUUGCCAUGUUGGGGGGAAUAUAAACUUGAUAGCAGAAAAACCGGAUGGAAUUUUAAAAGCCAGAGGGAAAAGCUUGGAAAGGGCACUGUUUGGUAAUAUGGUGUGUUGUAGCUUAUUGAUAGUUGGGUCAGUGUAUAACUACCACUGUUAAACUGUUCUUCAUUGUUCUCCCCCUAUUUCACAUAUGUUGCUAUCAUAAAGACCUUUUCUAU